CUUAUACUAUUGAAGCAUCACAAAUUAAUUCUAUUGAAACAAAUUCAAUGCCUGGUUCUCUUGCUAGUACUUUGAUUGAGGAGGAAGUAGUUGAACCACAAUCACUUGAAAUACAAGAGGAUUCUGAUGGCAUAUCACUCAAGCCUUUUCCAGACAGUGACAAACAUUCGUUGGAGUUGGCAAAAAAUGGAAAAACAAAUACAAAAGGCAAUAUUAUAACUGGAGAUGAAAGAAAAUGGCGCAGAGUCCCAUAUUUAUCUUCAUAUGUGCCAUUCGGACAGGUAGAUAUUAUCAGAGAUAAUUCUUUUCUACUAGUGUUCUUUUGCUGUAACUAAGGAUGAAGUUUUAUUUUUAUUUUUUACUUGGGCAUGUUAAUGUGAGGGGUUUGUUAUUUAAGCGGUCCAUAAUCUUCUUAUGUUUGUUUUUAUUGCUUUCUUGGCUUGGUUAUUCAUGUGAUUUUUCCCGCCAUUGCUCUAUCUUUUCAAUGAUUGGUGUGAAAGUAGUGUUUCUGUGUCUCAUUUACUUUGAAAAAGUAGGAAGUAGCUGUAAGUUCCUACUUUUGAAUUAUUGGUCUUUAUAUAAUAUGUAAAUCUUCAUCCUGUAGCCUAUAUAUACUAGCAAAAAGCUAGGAAGCAUGAGUUUAUAUGCAUGAUUAAAGGGGAAGCCUGAAGGCUUAUGUUAGAAUGGAGGGAGGGAAGAUCAAAGGAUAAGCUUUAAUUUCUGUUUACAUGUCAAAAGAUAAGGUCAAGCAGCAUGACUAAUUGUCCUGUUAACUUCUUUUUCUCAUGAUCAGGUGAAUAUGUUAAUAUGGUUAAAUUUUUUGACCCUGAUCUUAGGUAUGAUGCAGCAAAAGGUUAGUGUUCCUUGUUUUAGAUUCUUGUGAGAAUUGAAAAAUGCAUUUUGAUUUAAUCUUUUAUUUGGUGUGAUUGGCAGUCUUGGAAGUUUAAUAAUUAUAUUUUUUUAGUCCCACCAAAUAUAAUACUGAUCUGUGGCGAUUCAGGGUUUUGGUAGGGGCUGAGGAGCUUGUUGGAGUUGAAAGUGUAAUUUUGUUGAAUAUGAAGUGUUCUAUUGAAGAUCAGAGAAGAUGUGAAGCUGGUGCUGAGUGCCGAGUUUAAUGUAUUAUCAAAUUGGACUUGUUAAUUUUGGCCGGUUUAAUUGGGCAGAACAGUUUAUGUUUCUUAAAUCCAAUUGAAUUUAAGACCAUUGUGCUUGAUCCUCGUAUGAAGUUCUAGUAUUUUAGAAUUUUGUUACGAAAUGCUUAGUCUUCAACCAUUAUCUUGUCAAGAAAAAAAUCUGACUAUAUUUAAUGUUUAAAUAUCUUCUCUGUAGAGUCAAAUACUUCAUGCUCAAUCUUGUACAAGCCUACCCCAAAAGAUCUAUCACCUUGGUUUGACAUGGAUUUCUACUUUCAACAUGGACAUCCUCCUCCAAAUGAACUGAAAGAACAAUGCAUGUUAAGAAUUGAUCAGUUAUUCCAUGAUCACUUGGAUGGCGUGCAGAUGCAUGAAUUCAAAUUACUUACCAAGGAAGUAUGCAAGCUGCCAUCUUUCUUUUCAACUUCACUUUUCAGAAAGAUUGAAAAUGGAGCUGGUGUUGUGACAAGGUGGCUGGCACUGAGGAUGGUAUUAAGGAGCCAACAUCAACUUUCUCAGCUUGUUUUGGUGCUGCUUUCAUAAUGCUACACC